CUGGAACAGGUCCUGACUUCACCAUCCCGUCUGUUUAAAGCAAGAUGGCUGACCCGGAGCUGGUGAAGAAAAUGCUGCGGGCCAUCCUCCAGGCAAACAAAGGCGGAGUGCCACUGUCCCGUCUGCAGUUAGAGUACAAAGAGCUGACCGGAGAGCAGAUUCCACACAAACAGAUGGGACACAACAACCUGGAUGCACUGCUAGCCAUUAUGCCCUCUGUAGUGCGCACAGAGCGCAGCCGCUCUGGAGAGAUGGUGUGUUUUGCCUCAGGUGCCCAUGAGACUGCCCACAUAGCUAAGGUGGUGGCUCGUCAACGCAGCUCCAAGAAGACAGGACGACCCCACCUGGUCAACACCCAGAUGAGGGUCAAACCGGCUGCCCCACUCGUCCUCAAUGCCAAACCUCAAACCUCUCUGAGGCAGCCGAACCACCGCGGGCGAGGCGGGGGUAGAGGAGGAGGAGGAGGUGGCGGACGAGGGGGGCAUGGAGACUUCAGACAGCCGAGGGACAUGAGGGAUGGCCAGUCAGAGGGCAAGACUGGGGUGCAUCCCAACAAGAUGUAUCAGAACACACCCAACCGGAAAGGGAACCCACCUGCCGAGAGGUCAGACAAGAGGAUGACUCUCUCGUCACGGUUUCACAAGGAGGUGCAUGCCCACCUUUCCAGAAACUCCCAACAGACCGGCCCACCCUUGAACCUAAACGAGAGCCUCGACUCGGGGAAAGGAAAGCCCUACAAUCCUCAGCAGGUCCAGGGUCGCAUCAGAGAGAUUCUGGGGAAGUACAGUAAUGGGUUCUGGGUGUCAAAGCUGCCUCAGAUCUACAGGGAGCUGUAUAAACAGGACAUGCCCACCGAGGCCAUCAAAGACAUGGAGACCUGGACUCAUAUAUGCAUUGUAGAGAAAACCUGCAGCAGCAACCCAUCAGAGUUGCUACUCUACCCAGCCAAGGAACAGAACAGCACAUCCUCCCCUCCAACCAUCCUUAACCCAAACUCCACCUCUGCCCCUACCCCUCAGCGCCCUACUACAACGUCGUCCUCCUCGUCUCCCAGCCCUCCAUCCUCCCCUGCCACCCUCAGCCCCGACCUGAAGCUGAAACUGGAGGAGUUGCUGGUGAAGUACUCCAAUGGCUUGUGGGCCCACGCGUUGCCCAAGCUCUUCCAGGACACGUACAAAUUCAAACUGCCCGGACAUGUCCUGGAGAACCUUCAUCUUCUCUCUGACAUCUGCACCAUCGACUACCCGAUGCCUGACAACCCAAAGAGGGCCAUCUUGUACAAGGGGAGUAGCAGUGGUGGUGGAAGAGGAGAAGAUGAGAACUGUAAUAGGAGGAACUCCUCAGCCAGUGAAGAGGAGCUGAGGGUGAGGCAAGAGCUGGGGAGGAGGCUCAGUAACCAAGAGGUGCCCUCUCUGCAAAUACCCAAAGAGGAGUACCCCUCUGUGCUAGUGGUGGAGGCCACCAACACCAAUGGAGUUAUACUCAGGUACAUUGGUGAGGGUUACUCCCAGGCCCAGGAGUCCAUGGAAGAUGAAAUGAGGGCCUUUUACGGUGUGGACCAAAGCAGUCCAACUCCUUUGUCAUCUCCAACCUCUGGCCAACUUGUUGCUGUCAGGGCCGAGGAAGAGGAGGAGAUUCUUAGGGCGCAAGUCUGCGAGGUCAUGGCUGACAAGGUCAAGGUGCACUAUGUGGAUCAUGGUUUCUCGGAGGUCAUCAACAAAACCAAAGUGUUUGAGCUGCAUGAGAAGUUUUUCAAACUGCCUUUCCAGGCAACCAAAUGUAUUCUGGCAGGUCUGGAGCCGUUCUGUCAGGAGCCUGUCGUGCUAAAGAAGUUUGAGACAAUGGCAAGUGGAAAGAUCCUAUUGGCAGAGAUCCUUGAGAGAGGGCAGACCCCUAUUGUCGUCCUGUAUGACACGUCCCAGGAUGAUGAUGUCAACAUCAACGCUGCUUGUAUGAAAGCACUGCAGGACAAGACGCUUGCCAGCCCGUUACAGGUGAACAGUGCUUAUAUGAACGUGACUGUCAGAAGCGUCUGUUCAGAUGGGACCAUCUACUGUCAGCUGCCCUCCAGAGGCCUUGCAAAGCUGAAUGAGAUACUGGAGAACAUAGAGACAUACUUCCACUCACAGGUAACAUCAGAGUUCUUGGUAUCUAGACCCUUCUGUGGGAAAGGGUGUCUGGCUCGCUACAAAGGCAAAUGGUCCCGUAUUGAGAUCACCAACCUGCACGGCAGCAGAGUGCUGGACAUCUUAUUCAUUGACGUUGGCGUCCAGGCUUCUGUAGAGGUGUUUGAGCUGAGAGAGAUCCCACCGCCAUUCCUCCGUGACCUCAUGGCCAUCCCGCCACAGGCUGUGAAGUGCUGUCUAGCAGACCUGGCUGUCAGUGUUGGAUCCUGGACUCCGGAUGCUGUCCAAUGGCUUCGAGAGAAAGUGCUCAACACCACAGACUGCAGCAUGAAGGUGGCCAAGGUAGAUGAAACCAAGCGCUGCAUCUACGUCCACCUUUUCACUGACAAGAACUUCCACGACCCAGCCCGCAGCCUCAAUCAUCAGAUGGCCAAGUCUGACCUGUUCAAACAGCAACCAGAUGUUUUCCUGACGAGCCACAGCCCUGCCAAGAUCUUUACAACCACUUUAUCCUCUAAAACUCCAAGCACUAGUGACAACACCAAUGGGAGUCCAACAUCAACCUCUUCCCCAGCCAAGCCUCAUCUCAGAAGGGUUCUUUCAGGACCCAGAGGAGGUGGAGGAGGCAGCACUACUACCACCAGCCCACCAGAGACACCAUCACCCGCCUCAUCCUCUCUCCAGCUGCCACCAUUACUAGAUUUUCCCCCAGCAGGAAACAACAUAGACGUCUAUGUAUCAGUGGCUUGCCAUCCAGGCCACUUUGUGCUGCAGCCCUGGAGAGAUAUGUACAAACUGGUGGUGUUGAUGGGAGAGAUGAUUCUCUACUACAAUAAAACUGAGGGGAAACCACUCAACAUAGAGAAGAAUCAGAUAUACGCUGCUAAAGUGGAGAACAGCUGGCAUCGUGUGUUAGUGAAGGGAGUUCUGACCAACGGGUUGGUGUCCGUGUACGAGUUGGACUAUGGUAAACAUGAGCUGGUCAGCUGCACACAGCUCAGACUUCUGAUCAAAGAGUUCAGACAGCUGCCGUUCCAGGCAAUCACUGCUCAGCUGGCAGGAUUGAAGCAGAGGCAGUGGUCAGAGGAAGCUUCUAUCGUUUUCAGAAACCACGUGGAGAAGAAACCACUUGUGGCCCAGCUGGAGGCCGUACGGGAAGCCACUUACCCGUGGGACAGGAAGUUGAUAGUCUUCCUGGUCGACACUUCACAGGAAGAAAGGGACAUCUGGGUGCAUGACAUCAUGGCUGAAUUUGCUGAUGAGCUGACCAACGAGCUGUAGACAACAGAAGAUUGUCGACACAUCUUACUAGCCUAGCAGCUACUGCUCAAUGAAGACACUGCGAGUUGUGGAUAGACGAUAUAGAAGGAGCUUAUCCAUCUUUAUCUAUCCACCGUGUACAUGGACUGAAAGAAGGAAGGAAGGAAGGAAAGAUGAAGGAGAAGUUAAAAGUAGAAGGGAAAGGUUUUAUAGCAAGUAGAGACUGGCAUUAACAGAAAAACAAGAGGUGUAGGUGUUGUAGCCACUUGCUUGUUGUGUUUUGGGCUGUACAUGGAGGGAUGUUGUGAUGUGAUUUUGAGUGACUGCAGUGUGAACAACGGACAAUACAUCCAUGCAUGAUGUUGGUACCAAUCUUGCCACAAAUAUCCUAAACAUACCUUCAGCAUACAGUAAGAAACUGCUGAGUUUCUCCAUAAUAUCCUCACUAAGCUGUGUAAGUGAUACAGCAUGCGUUGUUAUACCGUUCGCUAUGGGCUUUAAUCCAGAGCAGCAUCUUUUGCUACAGUACUGUGAGUGCAUCCAGUUAUUGUGUGAACACCCUCAACCCUGCCAAUGUGAGCACCAUGCAAAGUGCACAAAAUGUUGAAAUUAGCUCUUCUCACAUUCUAAGAAAACUUUAGUACAUUUGUUUACAAAAUCUGCUUUUUGGAUAGUAUUUGUGAUUGUCAUAAACGUUCCAAAAGUUAGAGCUAACAUUCCCCUGAGAGGAGAAGAAACAGACAAAUCAGUGACUCACGGGAGUAAGACGUUAUGUAGAGAGACCAGUAGGUAGUUUACACUUUUUGUAUAUGCUUAAAUAAACGGUUUUGUUUAUGCAGUUGGUCUCUGUUUAGCUUAUGCAUGCUGACAGAGUCUACCAUACUGACCAAUCAAGAGCAGAACCAGCAGUUAAUAGGGUUUUACUGAAGAAGUAUAUACUAGGUGUGAGAUAUGUUUUUAUCCUGAUAUGAGUUGUUUUUUGUGUUGGUACAUCCUGGCACUGCACCUACAUUAGAAGUGCCUAUGUUUGGUAUUUUACAUUGAAUUGAAAGAGUAGAUUGACAAACAGACAUAGACAGUUCCUCAGACUUUUUGACUGUGGAUUGCUUUAAAGCCCAGCUUCUGACUCAUGUGAUGACUUGAUAAUCUUUUCUUCUCCUUUAAAACACAUAGUUGAGUAUCUCUCCUUUAUUAUUCUGUUUCUUGUCUUACAAUGAGACUUUAAUUUCUCCACAUCACCUGCUGCAUGUUGAAUAUCUUUCUUAAUCGUGAAAAUACACUUUGAUGUUAUAAUAAUAAGCAGAUUAAGUUUCCAGUAUUGUUAAGACUUUGGUUUCCCAAAAGGAGAUAAGUUCUGCUCAUGAUUGGUUUCAGUGCUACUAUCAAAUGUUGAUGAUUUUAUUCUGAAUGUGUGUGUAUUCCUGGCACACCUACACCAUGGUGUUGGAUCUGCAAAUGCUUCUCCAAUUCUGAAGACGGUGGACCUGACAAAGCUCAAAGCUGCAUUGUUUUUAACAAGUGACAUGAAUUUUAUUUAUAUUUAACUUAUAUUCUCUAGAGGAUGAUAAAUACUUUAUCAUU